UAUAAUCUAAAACCUUCUCUCAUUUUAUUACACUCAUCAUGUCUAUGUCCUCCAAAUAUCCAUUGAUUUACCGUACCCUUCGACCGGUGAUAUCAUCUUCGCUACAAAUCUCCGGUUUAGGUACUGGACCGGGGAUAGGAGGACAAGUCAUCAACCACUUGUCCACUUUUCGCUUUUCUAGUUCUGACACGUCAUCUCCGGCGAGUGGGAGUAAAAACCAACCGGAAAAACCUAUCCAGACCGUCGACGGCAAAGUUAUAUCCACUUAUUGGGGUAUAUCUCCGGCUAAGAUCACUAAACCAGACGGUUCAGCUUGGAAGUGGAAUUGUUUUCAGCCGUGGGAUUCGUACAAACCGGACGUGUCUAUUGAUGUAACCAAACAUCACAAACCUUCCAAUCUUACUGACAAAUUCGCAUAUUGGACCGUUCAAACUUUGAAAAUACCGGCUCACCUAUUUUUUCAGAAGAAGCAUAUGUGUCAUGCAAUGUUGCUAGAGACAGUAGCUGCGGUGCCGGGAAUGGUCGGAGGGAUGCUUUUGCAUUUGAAAUCUCUUCGGAGAUUCGAACAUAGUGGCGGAUGGAUUAAAGCAUUGCUUGAAGAAGCCGAGAACGAGCGUAUGCAUCUCAUGACCUUCAUUGAACUCUCACAACCCAAAUGGUACGAACGAGUAAUUGUGUUCACGGUCCAAGGCGUUUUCUUCAACGCAUAUUUCAUGGCUUAUGUGAUAUCUCCAAAACUUGCUCAUCGUAUCACUGGAUACUUAGAAGAAGAGGCUGUGAACUCUUACACCGAAUUUCUCGAAGACAUCGAUGCCGGAAAAUUCGAAAACUCGCCAGCUCCAGCCAUCGCAAUUGAUUACUGGAGGUUGCCUAAAGACGCGACGCUCAGGGACGUGGUUUAUGUUAUACGAGCUGAUGAAGCUCACCACCGAGAUCUUAACCACUAUGCUUCGGAUAUACAAUUUAAAGGACAUGAACUCAAGGAAGCUCCGGCUCCUAUUGGAUAUCAUUAAAAGAUCAUUUGACAAAGCUUCUUUGUAUACAUGUAUGACAAACCUAUGUGAUUGUGGAUAUAUAUCCAUUAUACGUUUAUUAAUUUUCUUCUCUUUUUUGUUAAUUAUCAUUGUUCAAAAUUGUUAUUCUUUACUUGAUAAUU